AUAUGGGUCGGGUGGCGGUAGGGGUGGCGGUGGUCGGCGCCGCUGCGGUGGUUGGCGUGACGGCACUGGUGGUCCGCCACCGCAUGAGAAAUUCCGGCCGGUGGGCCCGGGCAAUGGCGAUUGUGAAGGAAUUAGAAGACAAGUGUGGGACCCCCGAUUUGAAGCUGAAGCAGAUCGCCGACGCCAUGACGGUGGAGAUGCACGCCGGAUUAGCCUCCGACGGCGGCAGCCGACUCAAAAUGCUCAUAAGCUUCGUCGAUCGCCUCCCCACGGGCAACGAAGACGGCGUCUACUACGCGCUGGAUCUCGGCGGGACGAAUUUUCGUGUAUUGCAAGUGCAGUUAGCCGGCGGCGACGCCGACGCCGGCGCCGGCGGCAUUGUCCACCAGGAAUUCGCCGAGGCGUCGAUUCCUCCGGCGCUGAUGAGUGGAAGUUCGGAUGCACUCUUUGACUACAUCGUGGAAAAGCUCUCGAAUUUCAUCGAAGAAGAAGAAAGAAUGUUCCAUCCGCCGCCGGGGAGGCAGAGGGAGUUAGGCUUCACGUUCUCCUUCCCCGUCCUGCAAAAUUCGAUCAAUUCCGGGACACUUAUCCGGUGGACGAAGGGAUUCAACAUUGAUGAUGCCGUCGGACAAGACGUCGUAGAGGAGCUUUCGAAAGCUUUGGAGCGAAAAGGCGUAGAAAUGCGCGUCGCAGCUUUGGUUAACGACACGAUUGGGACACUAGCCGGAGGGCGAUAUACAAACAAGAAUGUUGUGGUAGCCGUGAUUUUGGGGACAGGAACAAACGCUGCAUACAUCGAGCGCGCGCAGGCGAUUCCUAAAUGGCACGGUCCGAUGCCCACGUCCGGAGAAAUGGUUAUAAACAUGGAGUGGGGCAACUUCCGGUCGACUCAUCUUCCGGUGACGGAGUACGAUCAAGCAUUGGACGCCAAAAGUCUUAAUCCUGGCGAACAGAUAUUCGAGAAGUUGACUUCGGGCAUGUACUUGGGAGAGAUUCUUCGCCAGGUUUUGGUUCGAUUGGCAGAAGAAGCUUUCUUGUUCGGCGACGACGUACCUCCCAAGCUCAAAAUGCCGUCAAUAUUAAGCACGCCGGAGAUGUCAGCGAUGCAUCACGACAAGUCCUCCGAUCUCAGAAUCGUCGACGAGAAACUCAGAAGCAUAUUCGAGAUACUGAAUACAUCGUUGAGGACAAGAAAACUCGUCGUCCGACUCUGCGACAUCAUCGCCACGCGAGGGGCCCGCCUCGCCGCCGCCGGAAUCUUGGGGGUCCUGAAGAAGAUGGGAAGGGACAGUCCGAGGGAGACAAGCGAGAAAACUGUAAUAGCGAUGGACGGCGGGCUGUACGAACACUACACGGUGUAUCGAGACACCCUCGAGAGCACGCUGAGGGAGCUGCUCGGGGCGGGAGCGGCGACGAGCAUUCAAUUCGAGCACUCGAACGACGGCUCCGGAAUUGGCGCGGCUCUCCUUGCAGCGGCGUAUUCAAAUUACCGCAGUGAAGAAUAG